UGAUUCCUUGGGGAUUGGUGGUCCGCGCCGGGUGGUAAUAAGCAGCGGAAUAGCAGGAUUCAAUCCACUCUUACGCUCACGUGGGUUGAUUCGUAAUGCAGGGGCAAGAUGUGACGCAUGAUGCUUCGGGUUUAAGGUUUUGCUGUGCAAUCACAAUAGUUCUCAUUCUACUCUUUCCUUGUGCUCAAUUGCUCCUCCACUAUUACCUGCUGUUGUGUCUUAUCAGCUACGCACUCAGCUGCAAUUCCCCCCCUCCCUUCACCCACCCAUCCUAGGUUUUUCCCAAGAGCCCAUGUGGUACGUGUGGCAGAAUCAUUGCUGAUUCCAUGAUGCAAUACCACCAGAAUACGUCCCAU